UGGGUCUGCGUUAUAAACCCCCGAGCUACAGCAGCCUGGUCAGGUGCGUGUGUGUUCGGGGAAUGGUCAUCAGCUGUCAGCAGAGGCUUUAAUCAUGUCCACGGAUGCAGAACACUCCCGGCGACGGAGAUACACACAUGACACCUUCGACUUCCCACGUGAGUUUGAUCAUCGCACCGAUGCUCACCAUCGAAGGGGGUCCCUAUGUGACAGACACUGUGCCGUGAUUGUCCAGAGCGAUCUGGUAGACACUCAUUCUGGAUCACAUCAGCACAGUUUGCUCACCCCAAGACUGUGUCCUGGGGCUGCCUCAACCCCAACCUGCUGUCAUCACUCAGAGGAAGUGUGUGAUCUCUGUCUUGUUAAAACCACCAUAACUGCUGAGAAUGAGGUGGAAGCUCUUAAAUUGUCUAACAACUAUAAGUUUGGAUUUAAAAAAUGGAAAAGCCAUAUAACGGAGCGGCCAUGGGAGGAUCGUUCAGAAAUUGUGAAAGAACUCUAUUCUGACUUGAACGUGGUGAAAUCUUCAAGUGACUCCCUUAUAACAUUUGGUAACAUUCUCUAUCUACUCUUUUGUGGUUGGUGGAUCGCCCUAUUCUAUCUCCUGGUAUCCAUCCUGAUGUUUCUCUGCAUACUGGGUGCACCCUAUGGUGUGCUGUGUUGGAGGCUUGCAGGGUACUUUAUUUGGCCAUUUGGAAAAGUUAUCUUGAAGAGUGGUGAAGCACACUCAAGAAAGUGCUGUGUGAAGUUCACGAAGUGCGAUGCCAUACCAGAGGUUGAUGAAUUGGAGAAGACGCUCCUUAUUCAGAAUUGUGACCGGUUACAUGCAGAUUUCCAGGGUCCUUCAGUCAGCUACUGGUGGCGCAUCAGCACUUACCUGUGGCUCCUAUUAGGAUUUCCUGUGCUUGCAGUAGUCCAUGGGCUGGCUUGCUUCAUCUCCUGGAUCUCUGUCUUUCUUAUUCCAAUUUCUAAGAUGAAUGCCAGGGUUUUGUCCUCUGUGCUGCUAAUGCCUCCAGAGCAUGUACACAUUUGCCGCACGCACAAGGCGGAAGACUCCUAUGAUACAAAGGUUGUCCUGUGCUGCUAUUCUGCUGUUAACUUCUAUUACUACAAGUACACAAUUGAUGGACUUAAUGUGUUUGCUGUCAAUCUGAUCAUAUUGGUGAUUGUGUCACUAGUUCUUGGCUAUAUAGACAGCCACAACAAUUAUACAAGCUCCCCUGUGAAAUUUACCCUCUCUUUGCUCUCCAUAAUGCCGCUGUCCUACUACAUUGGAAUGGCAAUUGCAAGUAUCUCUGCUCAGAGCAAUUUUGCAUUGGGAGCAGUGGUGAACGCCACGUUUGGCUCAAUCAUUGAACUGACCUUUUACAUCACUGCACUGAUCAAGGGGGCACGGGAGGAUAACAAGUGCUAUGAAGAAGUGGUGAAAUCUGCCCUAACUGGGACGGUUCUGGGGUGUGUCCUCUUUGUUCCUGGUUUGUGCAUGAUCAUUGGAGGAAUAAAGCAUCGGGAACAAAGGUUUAAUAGUAGGUCAGCUGGUGUGGGCUCUGCUCUGCUCUUCAUUUCUGUAGGAGGUGUAUUUGCUCCCACCCUAUUCUCCAAAGUGUAUGGGAAAAUGAUCUGUGGAGAGUGUGUGAACCUUGGACUUAAUGCAUCAGACAAGUACCUCUGCCAGAAUUGCCACACAGAGUUGAUUGGAGUAAACAAUACACUCUUCUACAGUGAGGUUAGGCCCUUGGUAUAUACAGUUUCCAUUCUGUUACCUCUCGCCUAUGUGAUUGGGCUCAUCUUCACAUUGAAGACUCAUUCUCAUAUUUAUGAUAUUCAUAUCAGUGACUGCCAUGUGCCUGGGCACCAUCAUAGCCCUGUGGUCCACUGGUCCCGCUGGAGGGCAGUGGUUGUUCUAAUUGGCUCCACGUUAUUAAUGUCUGCUUGUGCGGAUCUGGCCACCGAACACAUCAGUCCCAUUCUUAGUGGAGCUACAGUGUCCCAGUAUUUUAUAGGGGUGACAGUCCUAGCAAUGAUCCCAGAGCUACCAGAGAUUGUUAAUGGGAUACAGUUUGCUCUUCUGAACAAUCUGAGUCUAAGUAUAGAGAUUGGGACCUGCAUUGCGGUACAAGUGUGCAUGUUACAGAUCCCUAUCCUGGUUCUGUUCUCUGUGUUCUAUCCAACAGGUUUCACUUUGAUUUUCAGUGACUUGCACCUCUGGGCCAGUUUGUUUAGUGUGAUCUUGAUGAAUUACAUCUUUAUGGAUGGAAAAUGUGACUAUUUUCAAGGAACUGCUCUGGUCAUGGUUUACUUCAUACUUCUUGCCAUGUAUUUCUUUGCACCUUCUCCUGUUGGCUGUUGAUGGGGAUAUCCUGAAUCAAACGUCUGAACUCUAGUUGAGAAAAAGCUAUUACAAUCUUUAGCAGACUGGAACUGCCAGUCAAUCUGUUUCAUCAAUGAAGCAAUCCAUCUUGUGCAGCUGACCAGCCCAUUUUGCUGUUUGGGGUUAACCAUAUGAGCAUUUUUACAAGUAAAUAUCCAUUUCGCAAGAUUAUUGUUCUGAAAUCUCUAAUGUAGGUCUGUAAAUGGGUUUCCUGUGAUAACGGAUUAGAUGCAGUGCUGCCCUUUCUACUAUUCUAAUUCUAAUCUUGCUGAAGACUUCAUAACCCUCCAUAUGCAGCAAUAGCGUAUAAUUAACUUGUGCUAAUCACUGAAGAGGAACACGGUUAGCUUCAAUUGUCAGAUUUGUGGUUAUGUUACAGGACCUAGAAACUCCGUUAUGACGGUGCCCUUCUCAUGAAUUGUGAUAUAGCAGUUAUACAUCAAUCUUAGCUGGGAUAAGCAUAAGUUAUUGGACCAACACUGUGGCUGACCUUUACUGAAAAUUUGUGUCUUGGAAGACAACCAUUGGGAUUUCACUAGUUUACUCACUACCCUACACCUUUUGUUAUUUGUGGGGGUGCACAGGAUUAACACGAUUCUGCUAAAGGCAUCUCAACUGCUUUCUUUACAGCAAUGCAGUAUGGGUUGUGAUGCGCUGGUGAAGAACACCUAAGGAGGCAGUCAUACUGACAUGUAUUAUAAAAAUAUGUACUUAACAGAAGAUGUACUCCGUUUAUUUUAAGACGGUCACAUUAAAUGUACCUGAAAAUUUUUGACUGGUUUUAAAUCUAAAUUUCUCCAGGUAUGUUUAGUUUGAGUGCAAGGUUUGGGGUGGGGGUGGGAAGGGCGGGAAAUGUUUGAAGUACGCUUUCUUUCCAGUUAAAUGCACAAACAUCAAGUGUUAAGUAUGUUAUCCUGCAUUUUAAGGUAUUUAUCCUGGUAAGAUUAAUUUUGUAUAUUUAUAAUAGUAUCAUGUCAUCUAGAGAUGUACUGUAAAUAGAUGUAAUUUGUUACAAUGAUUAAAGCACUCUUUUUUUU